UCGCAGCACUCCCCUAGCUGUCCACUUUCUCCCCUUCCCUUUUUUCUCACACUCACACACAAGCAGCGGCUCCGUCCCUCCCUCUCCGGCCUCCGCUCUUUCUUCCUCCCCGUCGCGGGAGCCGCAGCCGCCUCCGUCCCGCCUUCGCUGUGCGCUGCGGCCGGCGGAUGGGACCCGCAGUUCGGCUGUCCGUGGCGGCCGCUCUCCUCUCCUGCCUAUGUUUACAUGGGCUGUUGGGGAAUUCCGGGCAGGCAUUUGCUCAGGGCCCGCCGGUGCUCCACCGGAUCGACCACGCGGAGGAAGAUGACGACAGCGGCGGCCUCAUGCCGGAGCUCUCGCCAACCGGCUCCCCCCAGCCCUUCGUCCCCUUCCUCGCGCCCGCCCCUCUCGCGCCCUUCUACAACAACUCUACGCCCAAGUUGUCAGGCAAAUGCUCACUGAACUUCACUGCCAUCAAUGGCCUGAUGACCACCACGGCCGUCGAUUGCUUCGCCUCAUUCGCCCCGUUCCUCGCCAAUGUCAUCUGCUGUCCCCAGCUCCAGGCCACUCUCACCAUCCUCAUAGGACAGUCCAGCAAGCAGACGGGGUCUCUCGCUUUGGAUCCCACUCUUGCCAACUACUGUCUCUCUGACGUCCAGCAGCUGCUCAUGAGCCAGGGUGCGAGUGAUAAUCUCCACAGCAUUUGCUCCGUCCACCUCUCCAAUGCCACCGAGGGGUCGUGCCCCGUUAGCACCGUCGACGCAUUUGAGAGCGUCGUCGACUCAUCAAAGCUCCUUGAGGCCUGCCGGAAGGUCGACCCUGUUAACGAGUGCUGCAGCCAGACAUGCCAGAGUGCUAUAAGUGAUGCUGCCCGCAAAAUCUCUUCUAAGGACGCUGCGUUGACAAGCGACACUGCCAGUCCCAAAGUUGACAGUUGCAGGAACGUUGUACUUAGAUGGUUAUCCAGCAGGCUUGAGCCAUCAUCCGCAACCAAAAUGCUCAGGCAGAUAUCAAACUGUAAUGUCAAUGGAGGGAAACAAUGGGAGACACCGCGGUUUACCAUCGAGGUCCUGCUGUCAGAGGCUUAGACCCACUGUUCGACCCAUUUUGCAUAUGGGGAAAUGAGAUGUCCA